AGGCGAUGCCCCUGCGGGCAGGGCAAGGCCCGUACCCGUGCUCCCGCCUCUACCUGCGGUGGCCCGACGACACCAAAGGAAGCGGCACCGCCGAGCUGGCCGCCGCACACCGCGACCUCCUCCUCUUCAGGCUCGUCUACUUUGACCUCCACCUCACAUAUGACCACUUCCUUUGCGUGGCAUCCUCGGAUCCUGUGCCGCACAUCGAGCUCAAACGGCUCCCCCUUUGCACCAUACCAAUGGUCCUACCUCCCUUUUUCAAGGAAGACACGGUGGAACCCAUGACCACACAUCGAUGGUUUCUGUCCAACACAGUAGGGCUCGUUCGUGGAUCAUCCCCUGGCCAUGAAGAUGAGUUUGUCCUCGCACAGCUGGCCAGCAUCACUAAUACACCGGGCACACACGAUCUCAAGGAAGCUGAAGUGUGCGUGCUCCGCUCACGCGUAUCAGCUACCGAUGAUGAAGGCAAAUGGGAGCUUCAAAAAAUACCCAUCCAGCAUAAGGAGCAUCAAUACUGGCGACUCGACGAUUGGUCGACGAGCGCUGUCACCACCUUCAACAACCUUAUUUGCUGGAUUUGCUACUACACUGGAGGUAUUCUAUUUUACGAUGUGUUCGCGGAAACGCCCCGCAUCUCUUAUCUACGGUUACCUACCCACAACCGUCCGUUAUAUCGAGAAAGGGGUUUUCUUGAGGUGAACCGCAGCAUAUGUGUCACCGAUGGGGGUGACGCUCUCAAGUACACUUCUGUUGUUCGCACCGAUGAUCGGCUCUGUGGCCCGCUUGAACAUCGCGAGGGUUAUAGAAUCAUUGCUGAUAUUUUGAAGACAACGGAGAUUGCUGACAUGGAGUGGGUCCGCGAGCCGAUAGUGACGGCUUCUGAGUUCUGGCGUCACAACACCUCUGAACGUCUCCCGCGUGAUGCCGUCCCCGAGUACCCUCUUGUGAGCAUGCACGACCCUAGCAUCAUAUACUUUCUGCUGUCCGAGGAAGAAGAAAAGAUUAACAAGGUUUCGGUCGUUACCAUGGAUAUGGUCACUAACAAGAUGAUUUCAGUUUUUCCAUACAUUAAAGGAGAGGAAGACCUCUAUGGCGAAGAUGCCGACAUGGUGCAAGAAAAAUCCCACCUUCUCAAGUCCUUCCUUACAUCCGAGUUCCCCAAGUUCUUGAAUCUCAAGUAGGCAUUGAUCAAUGCGCUCAAUUUCUUGUACUUCUAGAGCAUUUUAGAGACAAUAAGUCUGUGAUAUGAGUGCAAUCAUUCUAAACUUUAGUUUGACGCAAGCUCAUUGUGAUGACAUGGUA